CCCCAGUUAUUACAAAAAGUGGUGUCAUAGACGGUCACCGAAUUCCCCAAAGUAGCGUCCAAUUAGUAAAAAAAAUGACGAAAUACGUAAAAAUUAUAUUAAUGAUGACUUUCUCUUUACAACCAUUGACAUCAGCAUUCGAUAUUCAAGUUAAAUACGUUCGAACUGAGGAAGAGGCGGGUGGAGACAAGUUUUACGCCCUCGACUUCUUUGCAUUGACCAAGAAGGCUGGAUAUGAAGCGGAGUGGCACAAUGUCACGACCGAGGAUGGAUACAUCGUCUCGAUAUUCCGAGUUCCACCGAAGAACAAUAAUACCCAGAAAGGUCCAUUUUACCUGCAAGCUGCACUAGGUGGCACUGCCGAUCUCUGGGUUCUGUUCGGAUACGGCAGAAGUCUCGUUUAUUCACUGUCUGAUGCCGGUUACGAUGUUUGGGUCGGUAAUCUACGAGGAACUUACUACAGUCGUGGACACACCAAUUUAUCAGCUCGUGUCGAUAGAGAAUACUGGGAUUUCAGUUUGGAUGAGUUCGCACUUCAGGACCUACCUGCAAUGUUCGAUUAUAUCAUUGAGACCACACGACAAUCACAACUCUCCUACGUCGGCCACUCCCUCGGCUCCACGGUGAUCCUCAUGCUGCUAUCAGAUAAACCAGAAUAUAACGAUAAAUUAUCAGUGGUCAUUCAUUUCGGCGCAGUGUCUUACUGGAAGACCUGGAACUUAACGAGAAUCUAUCUAGACCUCCUCACCGAGUUUUUUAGGAUUAUUGUUCCAGGGGGAUUAGUCAAAUAUCCGAUUCAGAAUAAGCUUGUGCCCGCAUUUGUGCAUUAUUUCUGUUUGUUAAAUUUUCUAACGAAGAGAUUAUGUGGAUAUCCGUUUGAACUUGCGCUCGGGGAGGAUCGGGAGCAGUUUUAUAUUAGCGAAGAAUUUGUCGAUCUCAUGUGCCAUUACCCAGCGGGGACUUCAUCAAAGGUGUUUCAACACUACGGACAACUAAUCCGAUCAGGAAAGUUUGAACAUUUCAAAAAUUCGAAGAGAACAACAAAUCGUGAAGCUUAUGGGCAAGACCAAGCUCCGGAGUACAAUGUAACCAAUAUCAGAGCACCAACGAUCAUUUUCGAAGGACAGAACGAUCCCUUGUCCACUUCGAAGAAUGUCCAGAAUUUGAUAGAUGAGCUUUCUUCAGACAUCGAACUAAAGCAUCAAAUUAUUGAAUAUGAGAAAUUCGAUCAUAUGGACUUUGUAGUUGCUAAGGAUGUUGAUGAGUUUCUUUACAAACCGAUGUUGAAAAUUCUUGAGGAAUUCCCCAAGUCCAACGGAGCAAAUAAUAAUUAAUUGUUUUAUUAGCCGAGUUAUUGUAGUUUAUUUACUGUUUUGAUUGAUGCAGCAAGACAUUUGAGAUGUACAUCUACUGAAAUUAUUUAUAUAAUUUAUGAAAAAUUAAGAAAUACAAGAUCUUACAUCAAUUUUUUUUAAGGAAA